AUGAGAAGAACAAAGAUUUUUGGGGGGUCAUCCCAUCCUGAACUUGUAGAAGCAAUUACACAUCAUUUAGGGAUUUUACCAGCACCAGUUAGUCUCAAAAAAUUUUCUAAUCAAGAAACAAGAGUAGAAAUAGCAUGUUCUGUACGUAUGGAAGAUGUUUUUAUUAUUCAAUCAGGAAGCAAUACGAUUAAUGACCAUUUGAUGGAGCUUUUGAUUAUGAUUUCUGCAUGCAAAGGGGCUUCUGCAGCUAAAAUUACGGCUGUUAUGCCAUAUUUCCCCUAUUCUAAGCAAAGCAAGAUGAGGAAACACAGAGGAUCUAUUACAGCAAAAAUGAUUGCUAAUCUUUUGACUGUUGCCGGAGUAGAUCAUAUUAUUACAAUGGAUCUCCACGCUUCUCAGAUUCAAGGUUUCUUUACCAAGCCUGUUGACAAUUUAUACGCAGAGCCUAGUAUUGCAAGAUGGAUUACGGAAAAUAUUGACGAUUGGGAGAGUGCAGUUGUUGUAAGCAAAAAUCCGGAUGGAGCAAAGAGGGUAACGAGUUUGGCAGAUGCUUUGAAUAUUAAUUUUGCUCUUAUUCAUACAGACAAAAAAAGAAAGACAUUCAAAGGAUCGUAUUCAUAUAUAAGCGUGAAUUCUUAUUCGCCUAUUACAUCUAAUCAUGAAAGCAUUGAUGAUAGUAAUAUAAAACCACAAUCAAGUAGAAGUAUUUGUUCAAAUAUUCGUACUGCAAGAUUGAUAUCAGGACAUGUUGUAGAUGAUGAUUAUCCAUCUUCUAUGUCUCCAUGUGGAAACUUGACAGAUGCUGCACAUGGUUCAGACAAUCUUUUUUUUCCUACGUUUUCUUUUUAUCCAAAUAAUGCGUCUGUUGAUACAUCAAUUAUUGCUCCUUCUGACGAAGAAGAACAUAUGAAUUCGAAUGAAGAAAGAAUGAUUACAUUAGUAGGAGAUGUUGAAAAUAAAACAGCAUUAAUUCUCGAUGAUAUGAUAGAGACUCCGGGAAGUUUUGUAGCUGCUGCAGAGCAUUUAAUUAAAAAUUGUGGAGCAAAAAGAGUUUUUGUACUUGCUACUCACGGAAUUUUACAAGAAGGUUGUUUAGAGCAAAUAGAGGAAUGUAGUUGUAUUGAUAAGGUUAUUAUUACAAAUACAUAUCCUGUUAGUAAAGAAAAAAGACAGAUAUCUACAAAGUUGGUUAUAAUUGAUAUUAGCAGAGUUUUUGGAGAAGCUAUCAGAAGGGUACAUAAUGGGGAAAGUAUUAGUUAUUUGUUUGAAAGAACAUUAUAA